AAAAAAGAGAACCCCACUGAAAAAUACCGUUCCCUCCAAAUCUCUACAAACCCUCGUAAAAAUCCCCAAACUCCACAAAAACCCCACGCAACCGCACACACUCAAAGAGCAAGAAGGAAAAAAAAUAAAAUCCAAAGGGCAGUGCUGAAAUCCGUGUAAUGGGGAAAGACGAGGAUGAGAUGAGAGGUGAAAUUGAGGAGAGGCUGAUAAACGAAGAGUACAAGAUUUGGAAGAAGAACACACCUUUUCUUUACGAUCUGGUUAUUACCCACGCGCUCGAAUGGCCUUCACUUACCGUCGAAUGGUUACCCGACCGGGAAGAGCCGCCGGGAAAAGAUUAUUCCGUUCAGAAGAUGAUUUUGGGGACCCACACAUCCGAAAAUGAGCCCAACUAUCUCAUGCUUGCUCAGGUUCAGCUCCCUCUCGAGGAUGCUGAGAAUGAUGCCAGACAUUAUGAUGAUGAUCGGUCUGAAUUUGGUGGAUUUGGUUGCGCCAAUGGCAAGGUACAAAUAAUCCAACAGAUAAAUCAUGAUGGAGAGGUUAAUCGGGCUCGAUAUAUGCCCCAAAACUCAUUCAUCAUCGCGACUAAGACAAUUAGUGCUGAAGUUUAUGUUUUUGACUAUAGUAAACAUCCAUCUAAGCCUCCUCUAGAUGGUGCAUGCAAUCCAGAUUUGAGAUUAAGAGGCCACAGCACAGAGGGCUAUGGUUUGUCAUGGAGUCAAUUUAAGCAGGGUCAUUUAUUGAGUGGUUCAGAUGACGCUCAGAUAUGUUUAUGGGACAUCAAUGCCACUCCCAAAAAUAAGGCUCUAGAUGCUAUGCAGAUAUUUAAGAUUCAUGAAGGUGUCGUAGAGGAUGUAGCAUGGCAUCUGAGGCACGAGUAUUUAUUUGGCUCUGUUGGGGAUGAUCAGUAUCUGCACAUAUGGGAUCUGCGGACUCCAUCGGUGACCAAGCCUAUACAAUCUGUAGUCGCACAUCAAAGCGAGGUUAACUGCUUAGCUUUCAACCCCUUUAAUGAAUGGGUUGUAGCAACAGGAUCUACCGAUAAGACAGUUAAAUUAUUUGAUCUACGCAAGAUUUCUACUGCACUGCAUACCUUGGACUGUCACAAGGAGGAGGUUUUCCAGGUUGGAUGGAAUCCGAAGAAUGAAACCAUCUUAGCUUCUUGUUGCCUUGGUAGGAGGCUCAUGGUUUGGGAUCUAAGCAGGAUUGAUGAAGAACAAACACCAGAAGAUGCAGAAGAUGGGCCACCGGAGUUGCUCUUUAUUCAUGGUGGCCAUACAAGUAAAAUUUCCGACUUCUCAUGGAACCCAUGUGAAGACUGGGUCGUCGCUAGUGUUGCUGAGGACAAUAUACUACAAAUCUGGCAGAUGGCAGAAAACAUCUACCACGAUGAAGAUGAUCUACCUGGAGAUGACGCCACCAAAGCUCCCUAGGAUACUAAUAUGGCCCCAAGGGGGUUUAGUAUGUAACAUCAAUUAGAAGUCCAGAAAUGUGCUUUCUCAAUUUGCCUUCCACCCUCUCUUCUGUUGAGCAUUUUUUCGCGUUUUAUUUCUUUUUUCCUUUUUGAACUGAGCUUCUCUCUAGCUGUGGUAUUUAUGGCUGUUGCUUUAACAACUGUUUUUCUCUUUAACAUUUCAUCUAUGUAUUUAGGCAAAAAAAGAUUGAGCCCGCUCCUUCCUUA